CAGGAAUUCAACAGCAGGUUUUGGCUCUGAUGUGGACCCCUUUGGGGGCGACAUGAGGCCGACCUGGGUCGCAGCACGGCAUGGAUGGCGCUGCCUUGGCGCUUAGGAGGUGCUUGCAGAGAGCCUUUCCAAAAUGGCUGAGGAGUUGCACGAUCCUGGCAGUAGCUUGUGUCCGUUUGGCUUGGUAGCCCUACCACAUCCGCCUUAUGCAGGCUCGUGAGCAGCAUGGAGUGUCAUUCCACGAGAGAAUUGUUUGUGCUCCACAUGGCGAAGGAAAGCGGCCCACGCUGGCACAGGCAAUGGAAAGAGGCGUUGACGAUCCUUGAGAAGCUUCCGGAGCUGCGCCGUGACAGCAUCUACAGGAUCAUCAGCGCCCAGGAAACAGGUCGACAAUGGACAGUCGCGGCUUGUGUGCUCACUCACUUGAGAAUAUGCAGCAUCCAACAGGAGAUGGCCACCAUGCUCCCAGCCAUCAGUGUAUUUGGGAGGUGCUAUUUGUGGACGAUGGCCGUGCAAACGUUACGAGGAGCACAAAUGAGGCACUUGGAAGCAACAGCACUGUCAUACAACGCUGUAGUGUCAGCCAGUGGGAGGGAUCCCAACACUGCCUGGAUGCAAUGCUUGGGCAUGUUAUCCGAAUUUGCCGACAGAGAACUACAAUGGACAACGGCUUCUGUAAAUUCAGCAAUAACUGGCUGUGGCAGGUUGCAGGGUUGGCAACAAGCUUUGCAUUUGCUUCAGGAAGUGCAGAAUCGCAGUUUUCUGAUGAACACAAUCACCGCCGGCGCAGCUAUAAGUGCUUGUGAUUCGAGUGCACAAUGGCAGGUGGCGCUGCUUUUUGCAAAAGCUCUUCAGGAAUCAACGCUGCAGCAUGGCCUCACGGCAUACAGUGCAGCCGUCAGUGCAUAUGCGACAAGUGGGAAGUGGCUGUUGUCCCUGGAGCAGCUGUUUCAACUGAAACAGUUGAAUUUAGUGCCCACCGUUAUUGCACCCAGUGCGGCGAUCAGUGCUUGUGAGAAAUGCAAGCAAUGGUCGACGGCACUGAGUAUGUUCAAACAACUGCAAGCAAGGAACAUACAUGAUUUGAUCAUGUAUGCUGCGGCUAUUCGUGCUUGCGAGAAGGGCAAGCAGUGGCAGUUUGCACUUGGCCUUUUUGCUGAAUGUGAACUGGAAAGAACACUGUUAGGCUCCAAUGUUUACAAUGCUGCAAUCAGUGCAUGCGAGAAAUGCAGCGAAUGGGAAAGAGCAAUUCUCCUGUUUUCUAAGCUCGGCGUGCAGCGUUUGAGGUAUGACAUCAUCACAUACAAUGCUGCCAUUAGUGCCUGUGGCAAUGGUGACCAGUGGGAAUUUGCGUUGGCAUUAUUCCAAGAAUGUGAGUUCAACAGCGUGGAACGGUCAGUGGUAACCUAUGCUGCCAGCAUCUCUGCAUGUGAAUCUUGUGGGCUUUGGGACCUGGCGCUUGAUUUGUUUUGGGCGUGUCAGAGAUCUGGCUUGCAGCAAAGUCUAGUUUUGUACAAUGCAACUAUGAGUGCUUGUGAGAAGGUUGGGCGAUGGGAAAUGGCACUUGGUAUGAUGUCAGAACUGCACGACGUUGGCUUUCAAGCUAACAGCAUCACAUGCAACGCUGCUCUAAGUGCCUGCGAGAAGGGCAAUCAAUGGCAACGUGCCCUUGUUUUGUUUCAGAUGCUGAAAACCAGUGGUCAGGGGACAUUUGUGACUCAUUGUGCCGCUUUAGGUGCCUGUGCAGAAGGAAUUCAAUGGCUGUUGGCCUUGCAAGUACUUGGCAAUAUGAGAGAAGUGCAGAUGCAUUCUUUGGUUGCGUCAUGCAUGGCAGCACAUGCUUGCGAAUUUAAUUUUCAAACUAGUAAAUUUAGAAUGGUUUUGGCCAUAUUGGAAACCGAUCUAUUAGAAUUGUUAAAUGAAAAUAUAAUUUAA